AUGUCUCAAUUUGGCGGCGAUUUAAUCAAAGUCGUGAAUGAACUUCAAGACCGACUCAAUCCACUGGGUUUUAGCAAUAGUUUUGAUUUGCCACAAAUAGCUGUAGUCGGGGGCCAGUCGUCCGGCAAGUCUAGUGUUUUGGAGAGCAUAGUUGGUCAUGACUUCCUACCCCGUGGCUCCGGUAUUGUCACUCGACGCCCACUUAUACUGCAGUUAAUCCAAGACCCAAACUCCGAUGUCUUUUACGGAGAAUUCCUGCAUUCGGCGGGAAAACGGUUUUACGAUUUCAAUGACAUCCGGGACGAGAUCACAGCGGAAACGGAUCGGGAAGUGUCCCGAAGUAAAGGCAUUUCCCGGAAUCCAAUCAAUUUGAAGAUCUAUUCUCGCGAUGUGUUGGACCUGACAUUAGUUGACUUACCGGGUAUGACACGUGUGGCCGUCGAUGAUCAGCCCGAGGACAUCGAGCAACGCAUUGAACACAUGAUACUCGAGUACAUCAGUCGCGAUAAUUGUCUCAUUUUGGCGGUUACGGCAGCCAACCAAGACUUGGCCACAUCGGACGCCCUAAAGAUGGCCAAACAGGUGGACCCGACGGGCGAGCGUACGAUCGGUGUGUUAACCAAAUUAGAUCUGAUGGACGCCGGGACGGACGCCAAGGACAUCCUAAUGGGUCGACACCGCAUUCAACUCAAGCGGGACUUCAUUGGUGUCAUCAACCGGUCCCAGAAGGACAUCGACGAGCAUAAGGACAUACGGCGCGCCCUAUACGACGAGCGCAAGUACUUCGUUGAACACCCGUCCUAUGGGCCAGACAUGGCCGACAAGAUGGGCAUCCGAUACCUCCAGGAGUACCUCCAGCGGGAACUGUCGCUCCAUAUAUUCAAACGAUUGCCGCCACUGAAGCCCAAGUUAGAGACAAAGUUGGAUGAAGUGAGGGAACGGUUAGCGAAGAUUGAGUUCCCCUUAGGAGACAGAGAUAAGGAUCAGGUGUUGGCCGAGGCCUACGAUAAAAUGAGGUCCGGCUUUGACAGUGGAGUGGGAGGAAAGGUAUGGGUAGUGGAUACCGACGCUCUGAAUGGCGGCACUCGUAUUAAUACGUUGAUGAACGAGACGUACGCCAAAGCCGUAAAUAAAAUGUUUUACGACGAGACGAGGAUUAGGAGGGAGAUCGGGGUAGCCAUCCAAAAUGCUUUCGGUACGAGGAUCGGGGUGUUUAUACCCGAUACCGCUUUCAUAUCGGUGGUCAUGAACCAAAUAGGUGGGUGCUUUUGGGGGGACAUUUUCUCAAAGUUUGCGCUCGAUUUUGUUCGCGAGUCCAAUAAGAAAUGCAAAAAUUUUGUGCAACAUUUGAUUGAAUUGGAAAAGUGUUACAUAAAUACCAUACACGAGGACUUCAUUAAAAUGAUCGGUGACACCAAAUCGGAUCCCUUACCGGACACGCAGUCCAUAAUGACUGCCAAAGCGUUGCAACAAAAUGUGUCCAAAAGUGAUUGGAUUUCAUACAAAAAGUCCGACUAUUGGUUCGUAUUGAACGACACAUCCCUGUCC